AUGUUGUACAAAAGCCAGCAUGCAUAUUUGAAGGGGAGAGGAACUCACACUGCUAUAUUUGAGUUCACAGAGAAAAUUUUACAAGAAUUGGAGGAAAAAAACCAAGUUAUGGGGCUUUUUUUAGAUCUUACAAAGGCGUAUGAUUGUGUGAACCAUAAAAUUUUAUUAAAAAAGCUGGAAAGAUAUGGUGUUGCUGGUGUUUUGCUUGCAUGGUUGGGGUCGUACAUGUCGGGGAGAUUGCAGCAAACGGCCAUUACAAAGGAAGGAAUCUCCUAUACAUCCAGUAAAGAAUCCGUUGAAAUAGGCAUUCAACAAGGUAGUAUCCUAAGUCCAAUCUUGUUUAUUAUUUAUAUAAAUGAUGCUCCCAUUUCUGUUGCCAAUUUGAAUUGUUUUCUCUGUGAUUAUGCAGAUGAUAAAAAUAUUUUAGUAGCUGAGAAAGACCUAAAUGCUGCUUUAACUGGAACUUUGAAUAAAAUUUAUGAAGCUUUAUCGAAUUGGAUCUCUAAUGAGGGGUUGCUAUUGAAUCAUAACAAAACCGAUUGUGUUUUCUUCAAAACUAGAAGAAGUAAUGUUGAUUGUCCCGAUCACAUUAGCUUAAAUGGGGUAGAGAUUGGUGUGAGCACGGAGGCAAGAUUACUGGGCAUGACAAUUGAUGAAACUUUAUCAUGGGAGGUUCACAUUGAUAAACUUGCCAAGAAAUUGAAUUCGGUGUGCUACACUUUAAGAGUGAUGUCACAGUAUUUGAAUGUGUGUGGUUUGAAAAUGAUUUAUUCCUCAUGUUUUGAAGCACCUCUUAGAUAUGGAGUGGUUUUUUAUGGAAGUGUCAGGGCUUCAGAUAUAAUAUUCAGAACUCAAAAAAGGGCCAUAAGAAUUAUCAACAAACUUAGCUUUAGAGCAUCCUGCAGAGGUUUUUUUAGAAGCAGUGAGAAAAAUUUACCAUCUCAUUCUUACAAUAGUAGAAGCUGCAAUUUUGUGUACCCCAUUCAUAGACUGACAGUUACAGAGAAAGGAGCCAAGUAUGCUUGUAUGAAGCUUUUUAAUAGAUUACCUCUACGUUUCAAGCAAAUGGACAACAAAUAUGUUUUCAGGAGAGAAUUACACAAACUGUUAAUUGAGCUGGAGCCUUACACAGUGCUAGAGUACCUAAAUGCUUCUUUGUAA